AUGGCUGGUAACGGCUUCACCUCGCCCUUCCCCACGUCUCACGACACCCUGGGGGGUUCUUCCCUCAAUACACCCAGUUUUAUACCCUCAUCGCCUCCUAGAUUGAUGAACUCAUUUCAGGAGUCAAUUUUACAUUCUAAGAAGCCCAGUUCGACUCACUCCUUGGCCGCAAAUACUGCCCGUCGAAGAAGGAUGCGGUCUCUGAAGACGACAGCCAGUUCGCCUGAACCCAGUGAUGGAAGCGAUUCAGAAGCAAAUCUUGCAGACUACACAUUUGAUAUGAGCAGGCUAUCAGAUCAUCAUUCUGAUCAUGACGAAGGUGAACGCGACGAAGCGCACGAAGGGAACUCGCCAAAGGAGAAACACGUUUCAUUUUCAGACUUUGGAGGUCCGCGUGAUUUUACGUUGAAUAUGGUGGAACUCGUAAGAGGGACAGGCGCCCUUACAAACAGCGAUGAGGAUAACGCGUCAAAGUCAGAACCAGCUCAAACGCAGGAGGAAAUGCGUCAGAAUACAGUCGUUGCGGAUCAUACGAUAAACGACUACAGUGAGAUGGAUACGCCACUCGAUAUGUCAACCCCUGCACACGUUCGUCCGCGACGAAAUAUAAUUACAAGAAGUAACGCGCCAUUGGACAAAAUUGAUGAACCCUCUCCAAUACAAUCACCACCGAGCAAAUGGCCCCCGCCAAAUCCGGAUCUUGCGGAGGCCCCUGUGGAGCGUGAAUUGCGUGAAGAAAUGAAGCGGCUCCAAGAAGAAUUACACGAGAAGGACGAAAGAAUCGAGGCAAAUAGAAAGAUGGUCUUGGAAUCGGCGUCUGCCUCUCAGCAGAUAAAACAUCUACAGUCUGAACUUCAAAAGAAGAACGCCGCGCUGAAGGAGAAGGAUGCGCAAUUGUCUAUUCUAGCUGGGCAGGACGAAGAAAUAGAAAAUCUGCGCAUUCAGCUACAGCAAAAAGAUGAACAACUUGAGCAGCAUGAAGCCGAUCCUUCCACAAUAAGAUCUCUCCGUCAAGAGUUGGAGCAACUUCAACGUAAGGGUUCUCAGAAAAACACUGCAGUUGAUAAAAAUGGGGAUGACCCUCCUUUGUCAGAGAACAAGCCAGCCUCUACAAAAUCAAGUGAGGAUAUUUCAAGCAAGGACACUCAGCUGAAACAACAUGCCGCGGAGAUCGACCAGUUGAAAGCUGCUCAGGACGCCCAUUACCUCGAAAUCGACAAGCUGGACUCUGAGCUUGAUACCGCAAAUCGGGAAUAUGAAGUCCUUGAAGAAAAGAAUGAGGGCCUUUUUAACGCCCUCCAACAGUCUGAGUUACGAAACAAUACUCUCCAGAUCGAAUUGGACAAUGCAAAUUCGGCAAUCGAUGCACAAUAUAAUGCAGUGAAAUCCUUCGCAAGCGAGGUGUCUAUUGAUAUCACGGUAAAUAUGACUUUCAAUCAAAUUUUGGAUGCGAUUAAGGGGGCGUACCAUGCAAGGAGAGCGUCGUCUAUGAGCGAGGCGACAAAAAGCUCUGAGCGGAUUCGAGCCUUGGAAAGAGAGCUCAGCGAAGUUCGAUUACAGCUGCGGAAUUCUUUACCUUCAGACCGCAUGCAAACACUUCAACUCGAAGGCACACGCCAGGAACUCUCCGAAUCAAGAGCACUCACUACAGUUCUACAAGGCGAGAUAUCGCGCCUCUCUUCCAAGAUCGAAUCUAUCAUAUCCGAACAGACCAAAUUGCAAGAUACCCUCUACAAAACCACACAGGAACGCGAUAAGGCACUCUAUACCAUUGAAAACCUUCGCAACCAGCAGGCCAUGACCCAGUCACAACAGCUUAGUCCCCCAGUAUCCCCCGCUCUUCAACCAUCCGGCCUUGGCACAUCAAAGUGCCCAGUCGACCACGAUGCCCUCUUAAGAUCCCACGAAGCGGAGUUGAACAGCGUUCACUCCGCCCACGCCACCGCUCUCUCCACUCUCCGCGACUCACAUACAGAAACAAUCCGCACCCUCCAGAACGUCAUCUCCGCCUCUCAGUCGCGUGAAACGAAGCUCAACUCGGAUCUCAGCGCUCUGCGCACAUCCCUUGUUUCACUUGAACAGCGUGUUGCAGGACUACACGCGGAGCGGGAACGGUUGGAAUCGAUUAUUGAGGCGAAGGAAUCGGCUGCGAAAGCUAUUGAUAAGAAAUUUGCGGGCGUAUUGAAGAAGAGGGAGGAGGUGUGGGAGGGGCGUGUGGAGGGGUUGUUGAAAGACCGGGAACGGAUGGGGAAGAUUUUGAUGUGGACGUGGGGGAAAGAGGAGGUCGGGGGACGGGCAGAUGCUGGUGAUGGUAUGUUGAGCGGGCACGGGAAAGAGAAUAAACCACCCCAGGGCUAUAAGUAUAAAUACGUGGAGAGGAGGGGCGGAAAAGGUCGGGAUGUUUAA